AACAUAUACGAUUAUGGACAUCAGUUAGGGUCGAGUCAUAACCACCACCUUUAUGGGCCAUAUAAAUUUAGACAUUUUCGAUUGACCACCAGCUGAGGGACAAAAUCCCUGGCUAAUUGUCCAACUUGGUGCGUGUCCCACAAUAGUCUUGUUUGACUUGGCAACUAAUGAGAUGCAAAUAGUGACCGGAUAGAAAUGGAAUUCACCGCGGGUACUGGUCAAUUCCGGCAGUAUUCUUCCCGGAUUUCGAUAGACGGACAUGAACGUGACCAGCCUGCUGAAUUUCGAGUCGAUGAAGUACAUCGGCGCCCAGACGCAAGCGGCGUCCAUAAAUCAUCACGUGGCCCAGGCCCUUCGUGUCUUCAUAGAGGACUUCUAUCAGCGGAUCGCUCCAGCCUUUAUUGUGGUCCUCUCCUGCCGGCGACCCAGUCCGAUGAACUUCUACCGCAACAUAAUGCAGCUGCUCUACGAGAGCGUGGACACGAUGAUCGUCCAGCUGGUCCUGGUCGAGCUCGGUCGUCCGCGGCGGAUCGCAGGACCAAGGACACACAAUCUACUGCUGGUGGACUCGCUGGAUGCGCUGCUCGACAUCGAGAUCCACACGUAUACGGCGCAGUCGGACACCAGCGAGUACUACUUUAUCUUCCUGCAGCAGCGGGAUGCACUGAUUCCGCACGACAUGCAGGGUGUGUUCGCGUACUGCUGGCGCCACCAGCUGAUCAACUGCAAUGUGAUGACGCAGAGUUCCGGUGGCCAGGUGCUGCUCCACACGUAUUUCCCCUACGCGCCUGGCCAAUGCAACGAUUCCCAGCCCACCAGGAUCAAUAUGUUUCUGGGCGAAUCGUGGCAGCAUCGCGACUACUUUCCCUCCAAGUUGCAUAACCUCAACGGGUGCCCUUUGGUUGUUUUGGCCAGGAAAGUGUCGCCCUUUUUAGACCUAGAUGAGGGGCAGCGGGAGCUUCGCGGCCUGGAGGGGCGUCUCCUGCAGGAAUUGUCGCGCAGGAUGAACUUUAGCAUACAGUUUUCGGGCUUACAGGAUCAACUGAAGAAUCGCACAACAUGGACGGAGAAACAGUUGCUACAGAAGCUGGUCCAGGAGCGCAUAGCCCACCUGGCGAUUGGUUAUGUGAGGAAGCGCAUCCAGUACGCAACGAAUCUGACGCCCGUGUUUCCGCAUUACUCGAACCGGGUGGUGGGAUGUCUCCUUUUGAAUGCCCACAACCUGACCAGCCUGGAGAUUUGGUCGUUUCCGUUUCAGGCACUCACUUGGAUCUGCCUGUUGCUCUUCGCCAGUUGGCUGAUUUUUGGCCUGAUCGUUAGGUCCAUGUACUCGGCUCUGCUGUUCUUCAUCCUGCGAUACCAUCUGCACCAGCGAUUGCCAGAAAGCCUGCAGGAUCUGACCCAUGGCGACUAUGCGGCCGUAAUGGGUCGAACCAUGUUGCAAGAUCUGAGGGAGGUGCCCAGUCUGCAGGAUCUGCUGGGUCUCAAAUCCGUGAUAGUGUCCUCCGAACGGGAGGAGGAGGUGCUCCGCACGUUAGAUCGGUGUACGCUCCGAGAAGGAGCCGGCUCACAUCCACUUUUCUUUGGCCUGAUUUCCCAGGAUGCACUUCUCCAUCUCACCCAACGGGGCCAUCGGGCUGGAGCGUAUCACAUCAUACCGCAAGACGUUCUGGAGCAGCAGCUGGCCAUUUACCUGCAGAAGCACUCGCAUCUGGCCAGCCACCUGGACCACCUCGUCAUGUCCAUUCGAUCCGUGGGCCUGCUGCACCACUGGGCGGGCCAAAUGGCUAGCGAGCGGUACUUCCGCAGUCGGUUCCUGUACCGGGAGAAGCGCAUCCGACAGCCGGAUCUUUGGGCGGUCUACAUCCUGACCGCAGGACUCUAUCUCCUGUCGCUGUUCGUCUUCAUAUGCGAACUCCUGGCCUCCAGACGAGCAGGGGUCUGAACAAAAUAUUUUACUUAUUAUUACUAAAUAAAUUAUGAAAACAAGAGAAAAUGCUAAUGCUAAUGCUGGGCGUUAGAGAGGGCGUGGGAACAUGGGUCAACAAACUUGCGCUGUGUUUAUGUCUCUAUAAUCUGUAUGCUGAAUCUUAACAUUCUAGCUUUUUUACUUCCUGAGAUCUCUUUUAGGUAUAUAUUAAAUGGUGAAUUUAUAGGCAUAGAUAUCCUUUUUUAUCCAGAUACUAAAAUCAAUUCAAUAAUAAAGAACCUUUU